CUCGCUCGGCAGCGCUUCCUGGUCCACGUAUGAGAAGAUCACCAAUAUCCUCUUUGACAUAUAAUGACAUUUGGCCGUGUUUAUUUAAACGGUUUUUCUCGUUCAUGCCCACAAGUGAAACCCCGGCGGUAGCCAUAUGACCUGAGACAUUUUGAGACUUGGACGUCGCUUCAAACGGACCCAAAAUGUCUUGGUUUGCUGACUUGGCUGGGAAAGCUGAAGACUUCCUGAAUAAAGUGGACCAGGGAGCUGCCACCGCCCUGACCAAAAAACAGGAGAGAACAACCUCCUUUUCGUCACCUUUUGAAGUAGAAUCAACUGCCAAACCUGAAUACAACACUGCAGGGUACAAGGCCCAUGCAGCUGGGACUCAUCAUGCCUAUGCACCCUCUGAUGAUGCACAGAGCUACAUCUCUGCAGCAGCUGGCAACAUCAAGAGAUCCAGUGCAACCCUGCUGGCCGGCACUGCCAACAUUCCCAGUACCUCCUCCGGUUCUGGCAGCAGCGCUCCCAACUCUGCCAAGGUGUCAUCUGGCUUUGUGAGGCCCAAAAAGAGCGAGCAGAAUGUAGACGAUGACUUGCUCUUUGACUUUCUGAACAGCUCGGAGCCUCCAGUCAGCAAUAGGAGGGAUUCGAGAAGAGAGCUUGUGAAAGUGGCAGUUCCGGUUACUGAGGCCCAAAACCCAACACCUCCUCCUUCCUCGAUUCCUCAUACCAUCCCAUCGGCCCCUUCGACGCCCCCCUCAACCCGGGGUGUAUCCAGGGCCUCAAGCAUGAGCUCACUGUCUGCUCACAGCCUCAAAACAUCAGAGGAGAGCUCUGCAAAAGAACCAAGCCAAGACACACCUGAGAGUUCAGACUCAGGCUUGGCUGUCCCUCAAGAGUCCAUCAGGCAGGAGCUUCCUCCUCCUCCUGCUGCUCCUCCCACAGAGGAGCCGCAGAGCCAGAUCCUGUCCAGCCUGCGUCUGGAGAAUCAGCUGCUGCGCAGUGAGGUGGCCUCCCUCAACCAGGAGAUGGCUUCAGUCAUCCAGAGGGCAAAAGACUUACAAGAUGAAUUGAACCAGUCUCGCAUGCGUGCAGACAAAUGGAACUCUGAGCAGUCUCAGACUAACCGGAUGGUACGGGAACUUCGGUCAAAGGUUGAUGACCUAACAGAAGCCCUCUCAGCCAAAGACGGUCAACUUGCAGUCCUAAAAAUCAGACUCGAUGAAGCUGAUCAGAUGUUGAAGUCUCGCAAUGCUGCAUUAGAGGAGGCACAGAAGGAACAGUCAAGAAUUAUGCAGGACCACACAGAAGGAAGCAGCCUGCACUCCAAAGCUCUUGAAACGAUACAGGAGAGGCUGCGAGAGGCUGAACUGGGCCUCAGGAGGGAACAGGACAGCUACCGGCAGAUGCAGAGUGAGUACGCUGGCCGCUUGUCCAAAGUGGAGGCUGAGAGGCAGACCCUCGCAGAGACGGUGACCGCAGCAGAGCGGCGAGCUGCAGAGGAGAAGCUUAAGGUCGACGACGUCCAACAGCAACUGAAAAGUGCCAAAGCUGCAGCUGAGUCUGCCAAACAGGAGUUACAAGACUACAAGCACAAAGCUUCACGCAUCCUACAAUCCAAAGAGAAGCUGAUCAGCAGUCUGAAGGAGGGGUCUGGUCUGGAGACUGUGGACGGCAGCGGGGCCGUGGCUCUGGAGCUGGAGGACCUGCGUCACGAGAAGGAGCUGCAAAAGGAGGACAUCCAAAAACUGCAGGGGCAAGUGCACACGCUUCGAAUAGAGAUACAGGAUCUGGAGAAUCAGGCUCUGACAGAGGCGGAGACAUGGCGGGAGCAGCAGCAGCAUCUGGAGGAGCAACUGGCCUUACAGAACAGAGCUAAGCAGGAGGUGGAGGCUGAGGUCGAGCGCUACAAACAGGAGCUGCAGUAUCUAGAGGAAGAGCAACAUCGAGCUAAAAGCACCCUGCAGAGCAGAAUCAAGGACAGAGAAGACGAAAUCCAGAAACUCAGGAACCAGUUGACCAACAAGACCCUCAGCAGCAGCAGCCAAACAGAGCUGGAGAAUCGUCUCCACCAACUGACGGAGACGCUGAUCCAGAAGCAGACGAUGCUGGAGGCUUUGGGCACAGAGAAAAGCUCCCUGGUCUUCCAGCUGGAGCGUCUGGAGCAGCAGCUGAAGAACACUCAGGGAGGACAGAGCGGAGGGCCGACCAUCAACAUGAGCGGUCUGGAGGGACCAGGGGCACGACAAAGAAACGCACCAGUACUUUUCAGUGAUCAGGAGAGCCCGGGAAUGUACGGCAAAGUACGCAAGGCAGCCAGUACCAUCGACCGUUUCAGCAUCAGACUGGGCAUCUUCUUGAGGCGCUACCCUAUUGCCAGAGUUUUUGUUAUCCUGUACAUGGCGGCACUGCACCUGUGGGUCAUGAUUGUACUCUUGACUUACACACCAGAAAUGCACCGUGAGCAUCCUGAUGGAAAGCUCGGAUGUUAAAAGAUGUUUGUUCUAUGGCCUUCAGUGUAAGGAUGGGCCAAGCUGCUGACACAUGGGCUCUGGGUCCUGAUUCUCCUUGUUUUGCACAGAAAUGCUAUGAAAUAAAAGACAUUUCCUCUGAUUUAUUCUUUAUUUUUUACAGCUGCAGGUUGGUAACUGAGCUCAGUUGAGUUUUAAAGUAAUGACAGAGUGAUAUAUUGUAUUUGUCUGCUGAAAGGACGUUAAAUCAAACUGAUCUCACGUAUGUUUCUUCUCAUCUGCUUUCAGACCUCUGGUCUCUUGAGAGAUUGUAUUUAACACUAUGUAAAAAAAGAAUCUUUUAAUAAAUGAGUUAGAAGAAACAA